UCAGACCUUAACAAGAUGGCGGCGAGCAGAAGGCUAGUCAUAACAGUUAGUUGAUCGGUUUGUACUUCUUACAGACUUUGUGAGGAUCCAUCAUGUCCUCUAAAGAGCAGGACAGUAAAGGACCCGGAUUGAGAGGAGUGAGAACUACGUCACUGUUCCGUGUUUUUAAUCCUGAACUCUUUAUUAAACCUAACAAGCCGGUGAUGGCUUUUGGUUUGGUCACCAUUACUCUGUGUGUUGGAUACCUGGGGUACCUGCAUGCGGUGAAGGAGAACAACGAGCAGCUGUAUGAAGCUAUCGACAGUGAGGGGGAGAGAUACAUGCGCAGAAAAUCCUCCAAAUGGGACUGAAAGGAUUCAUGGACAUGUUUCGUGUUGAUUUAUUACAAUAAAUGUGCAAUGUGAAGAGAUGUUAUCAUUUCUAAUAAGGAUUUUGUACCAGCACAACGUCUGAUUCACCUUAUUAUCAGAUACGAAUCCAGUCCUGCUGUGUUAGUGAAUAUUUUCACAAACUCUACAUAUAAACAACACAGUAAUAAUAACAAUAAUAAACACAGUCUAUCACUCAUAA